UCAUCCAGAUAUGGACAGAACUUACAGGCACAUUGUUACCAUAUUGGCUAUUAACCCAUCCGCUGCGAUUGGCACGGAUUUGGCCUUCACUGGCAGCCUGGUAACAUAUACUCCCAGGUCUUUCUCUGCCUCUGUGGUGGAUAGUGGAGUGUUUCCCAUGUGGUAUUGGUGUGCUGGAUAUCCCUUCACUGGUAGCCUGGUAACAUACACUCCCAGGUCUUUCUCUGCCUCUGUGGUGGAUAGUGGAGUGUUUCCCAUGUGGUAUUGGUGUGCUGGAUAUCCCUUCACUGGUAGUCUGGUAACAUACACUCCCAGGUCUUUCUCUGCCUCUGUGGUGGAUAGUGGAGUGUUUCCCAUGUGGUAUUGGUGUGCUGGAUAUCCCUUCACUGGUAGCCUGGUAACAUACACUCCCAGGUCUUUCUCUGCCUCUGUGGUGGAUAGUGGAGUGUUUCCCAUGUGGUAUUGGUGUGCUGGAUAUCCCUUCACUGGUAGUCUGGUAACAUAUACUCCCAGGUCUUUCUCUGCCUCUGUGGUGGAUAGUGGAGUGUUUCCCAUGUGGUAUUGGUGUGCUGGAUAUCCCUUCACUGGUAGCCUGGUAACAUACACUCCCAGGUCUUUCUCUGCCUCUGUGGUGGAUAGUGGAGUGUUUCCCAUGUGGUAUUGGUGUGCUGGAUAUCCCUUCACUGGUAGCCUGGUAACAUAUACUCCCAGGUCUUUCUCUGCCUCUGUGGUGGAUAGUGGAGUGUUUCCCAUGUGGUAUUGGUGUGCUGGAUAUCCCUUCACUGGCAGCCUGGUAACAUACACUCCCAGGUCUUUCUCUGCCUCUGUGGUGGAUAGUGGAGUGUUUCCCAUGUGGCAUUGGUGUGCUGGAUAUCCCUUCACUGGUAGCCUGGUAACAUACACUCCCAGGUCUUUCUCUGCCUCUGUGGUGGAUAGUGGAGUGUUUCCCAUGUGGUAUUGGUGUGCUGGAUAUCCCUUCACUGGUAGCCUGGUAACAUACACUCCCAGGUCUUUCUCUGCCUCUGUGGUGGAUAGUGGAGUGUUUCCCAUGUGGUAUUGGUGUGCUGGAUAUCCCUUCACUGGUAGCCUGGUAACAUACACUCCCAGGUCUUUCUCUGCCUCUGUGGUGGAUAGUGGAGUGUUUCCCAUGUGGUAUUGGUGUGCUGGAUAUCCCUUCACUGGUAGCCUGGUAACAUACACUCCCAGGUCUUUCUCUGCCUCUGUGGUGGAUAGUGGAGUGUUUCCCAUGUGGUAUUGGUAUGCUGGAUAUCCUCUCCCAAGGUGCAUGACUUUACAUUUUUCUUCAUUGAAUUGUAGGGGCUUCGUGGUGCAGUGGUUAGCACACUCGACUCACAACCAAGUGAGCCCGGGUUCGAUUCCCGGGCGGAGUGGAAAAAUUUGGGCGACUUUUCCGAUACCCUACACUCCUGUCCACCCAGCAGUGAAUGGGUACCAGGUAUUAAUCGGGGGUUGUGUCCCGUCUCCUGGGGUCUGUUCCCUUCUCCUAUAGUUCCUUCCCCUUCUGUCUCUCUCCGGCAUAUGACCACAGAUGUUGCGCCCACUAAACCAAACUUUCCAACUGUUCCCUUCUCCUAUAAUUCCUUCCCCUUCUGUCUCUCUCCGGCAUAUGACCACAGAUGUUGCGCCGACUAAACCAAACUUUCCAACUGUUCCCUUCUCCUAUAAUUCCUUCCCCUUCUGUCUCUCUCCGGCAUAUGACCACAGAUGUUGCGACGACUAAACCAAACUUUCCAACUGUUCCCUUCUCCUCUAAUUCCUUCCCUUCUGUCUCUCUCCGGCAUAUGACCACAGAUGUUGCGCUGACUAAACCAAACUUUCCAACUGUUCCCUUCUCCUAUAAUUCCUUCCCCUUCUGUCUCUCUCCGGCAUAUGACCACAGAUGUUGCGCAGACUAAACCAAACUUUCCAACUGUUCCCUUCUCCUAUAACUCCUUCCCCUUCUGUCUCUCUCCGGCAUAUGACCACAGAUGUUGCGCCGACUAAACCAAACUUUCCAACUGUUCCCUUCUCCUAUAAUUCCUUCCCCUUCUGUCUCUCUCCGGCAUAUGACCACAGAUGUUGCACCGACUAAACGAAACUUUCCAACUGUUCCCUUCUCCUAUAAUUCCUUCCCCUUCUGUCUCUCUCCGGCAUAUGACCACAGAUGUUGCGCCCACUAAACCAAACUCCAACUU